UACUAGCCGUUGAUUUCAAAUAUAAUUACCCCUUCAGAAUCCCCUUUUUCUCUCACUCUUUGUCUUCAUUGUUCUUCAUCUUCUUCCAGUUAAUGCACCCUAAAAGUGUGUAGAUUUCAAGGGUGUUGUUCUUAAAUUAAAUGCUCUUUAUCUACACUCCAGGGUUCUUUGAUUUGUGGGUUUCUUGAUUGAUUGAUUAUUCGAGAUCUUUUCGAUUAGUUUCUUCAGGUUUUUGUUGUUGUGAGUAAUGGAUAUUUCAGUAGAUAACAACAAACCCACAAAUCUACAAGUUAUAGGAGAGAAGAUGACCAGUAGGAAAUUUGGGGUUGAGAUCAACAAUAACAGAAGAGCUUUGGGUGUGAUUAAUCAGAAAGGAGGAGCCCAGAUCUACCCUUGUGCUGUCAACAAGAGAGCUUUAUCACAAGCAAAUGGAAACAAUGAGAACAAUGAUGUUAAUCAAGUUCAUAGACCAAUGACUAGGAAACUUGCUGCUCAAAUUGCCAACAAGAAACAAUGUGCUCCUGAGAAUGUUUUGAAGCCGAAAGAAUCGAGUGAGAGUUUUAAGAUCUUUGAAGAUGAUGAGGAUCAACCUGUGCCCAUGGCAUUGGAAACAGCAGAGCCUCAAAAAGAUCAUAUGGAGGUUGAAAUGGAGGACAUAUUUGAAGAACCAGUUGUGGAUAUAGAUAUUUCUGACACCAAAAAUACUCUUGCUGUUGUGGAAUAUGUUGAAGAACUUUAUGCUUAUUAUAGAAAGAUGGAGAUUUAUGGUAUGGUUUCUCCAAACUAUAUGCUAACACAACAAUCUGACAUCAAUGAGAGGAUGAGAUCCAUACUAAUUGACUGGCUAAUUGAGGUGCAUCACAAGUUUGACCUUCAACAUGAGACACUGUUCUUGACAGUUAAUCUCAUAGACCGGUUUUUGGCUAAGCAAAAUGUUGUUAGAAAGAAGCUGCAGUUGGUCGGUUUGGUUGCGAUGCUUUUAGCGUGUAAAUACGAGGAGGUUUCGGUCCCGGUUGUUGAGGAUUUGAUUUUCAUCUCAGAUAAAGCUUACUCAAGAAGUGAAAUUCUUGAAAUGGAAAAGUUAAUGUUAAACACAUUGGAGUUCAACAUGUCAGUGCCAACACCAUAUGUGUUCUUGAAAAGAUAUCUCAAGGCGGCUCAAUCCGAUACAAAACUCGAUCAAAUGUCGUCUUUCUUGAUCGAGCUCUGUCUUGUAGAAUACGAAAUGAUCAAAUUUGCCCCGUCGUUCUUGGCCGCGGUUGCGGUCUACACCGCUCAGUGUACGCUAUACGGGUUCAAACAAUGGUCCAAGACGUGUGAAUGGCACACAAACUACUCUGAACAUCAGCUUCUGGAAUGUUCAAGGAUGAUUGUGGGAUACCAUGAAAAGGCAGGAACAGGGAGAUUAACAGGAGUUUAUAGGAAGUACAACACUUCAAAGUUUGGGUAUGCAGCAAAGUGUGAGCCAGCAAAGUUUAUUAUUGUAGAUGAGGCACAAGCACAACAAUAAUGAGUGUAGUUUAUGUUAACAUAAACUUUGGGGUUGGUAUUAACAACUGAGGUAUUCUGUAGGGGGGUGGUUUAGAAAAAAAGUUUACUUACUACAAUGGUGGUUCAAAAUGUGUGAACAACCAAUGUUGAACAUGCUCUACCAAUUGAACUUGUUAUUUUUUUUAUUCCCAAUUUACAAUAAUGAAUAACUUACAUUUUAUAAUA